UAACAAGCUAUUUGAAGCGAAACUCAUGAAAACAAUAUUAUUUAGGUCCAAUAGGUGGCGCUUUUACUGUUUUGUGUUAAUACAGCGCCUCCCUGACCCUGGCAGAGCUUCAUACUACAGAGCUCCAUCAGGAGCCCAUGAACGGCACUCAAGGACUUAAACUUUAUCGAGAUGCUGGAUGCUCUUGGGCUUGGUAUCUAUACUUUUCAUUUUAUACGAAGCGCAUGGAUAUAUUUCUUAAGUUAAAGGGCUUCAACAUGUUUUGAAUAGUUUGGUUUUUACAAGAAUCGGCACAAUUUUACCUCAAAUUUCUGUUUUUUGUAGCGUAUUACUCCUGGGAUUUUAAAAUGGAAACUACAGGUUUUAAUUUAAACGAGAGACCAGAAAGCGGGACGAAGUUUGAGUUUCCAUCUAACGUUACAACUUUGCCUUAACAAUACUGGAUUUAUCGGGUUGGAUACAAACAGGAAAACGCAAUGGAAAUAACAUUUUUGACUGUAUUUUGUUUGUUCAGUUGUUGUGAACUCCCAACAGUUCUCACGCGUAGCAAUAAUACGACCGAUUUACCCGUUUCAUCCUAUAAAGUGAGUGAAAUCAAGACACUCGGCCAUGAACAACGUGGAACUUUAAAUAAAACGAGUUAUAUAAGAGAUAAACAGCCCACAGGUGUAAUUUCAUCGACCAGGACGGCCGGUGGCAGCGAUGAUACAGCGGUGACAGCAUCUUCCAGACUUGAAAACAUAGAUGGAAUGAAGAGGAUUGGCAAAACAACUUCAUUUUUGCAAGGAAUACACAAGGAAAAACAAGGCUAUCAAACAGAAAGGGCGACAGUACGAAACGAGUCUAUUAUGAAUCUAUCCAUCGAAUCGCCAGAGUAUGUACUUGAACGCGUGGAGUCUUUGCCGAAGCCUGUAGCGCAGGUCCAGCCUACUGACUUUCACCCUGAUUUCCCGUCUAUUCCCGAAUGGGGAACCUCACCUUUGGAAGAGUAUGAGGAAGUAACCGCGUUCAUCCCCCGUAAUACUCGACCAAGAACCCCUGGGGUGAAAAACCCAUUUUACCCCUUGACAGGUGAAUCAUAUGGUGCAUAUGCUGUUAUGUGCAUCUCCAUCUUCUUUUUCACUGUGGGGAUUGUUGGGAAUAUAGCAAUCAUGUGCAUAGUGUGCCACAAUUACUACAUGAGAAGCAUUUCAAACUCUUUGCUGGCCAACCUCGCCUUGUGGGAUUUUGUCAUCCUCUUUUUCUGCCUGCCACUUGUUGUAUUCCACGAACUCACAAAGGAUUGGCUUCUUGGGGAAUUCUCCUGUAAGAUUAUUCCCUAUAUUGAGGUGGCAUCUUUGGGAGUAACCACCUUCACUCUUUGUGCUUUGUGCAUUGACCGUUUCCGUGCUGCGAGUAACGUCCAGAUGUACUAUGAAAUGAUUGAAAACUGCACGUCCACCACAGCCAAGCUAACCGUGAUCUGGCUCGGUGCUUUGCUCCUCGCCCUUCCCGAGCUCCUCAUCCGACAGUUGGUUAAAGAAGUGAGCGAGCCACCAGAGGUGACGCCUUGCGAACAUUGUGUGGUUCGAAUCUCCACAGAUCUCCCUGACACUCUUUAUGUUCUCGGACUCACAUAUAAUAGUGCUCGUCUAUGGUGGUACUUUGGCUGCUACUUCUGCCUUCCCACCCUCUUCACCAUCAUAAGCUCAGUGGUGACCGCACGUAAGAUCCGCAAAGCCGAGCGUGCCAGUGUUCGGGGCAAUCGCAAACAGAUCCAACUUGAAAGCCAAAUGAACUGCAUUGUGGUCGCCUUAGCCAUCCUUUAUGGCUUUUGCGUCAUUCCGGAAAACAUCAGCAACAUCGUAUCUGUGUACAUGGCUACAGGCGUGCCACGUCGCACACUAGAUAUCCUUCAUCUAGUCAGUCAAAUGAUGCUGUUCUGCAAGUCUGCUGUCACACCCGUGCUGCUUCUUGCACUCUGUCGGCCAUUUAGCAAAGCCUUUCUCGACUGCUGCUGCUGUUGCUUUGAGGAGUGUGGCCCACCAAAAUCCUCUGAACCCAACAGUGAUGACAACGAUCAGGACGGCACAACAGAUCUGGAGCUUUCACCCUACAGUACAGUAGGCCGCAGGGAUGCAUCUACCUUCCCAAUAGCAGGAACGCACUGCUAAGGUUGUACCUUACCUAAGGGUUACUUGUCAACAAGGGCUUAGAUUUGUGGAAUAAACCAACCGAGAGAUAUUUUCGGAGGCUGUACAAUUUUUUUCAGACUUCAUGUCUGCUUUGUUUAGGGGAGAUACCCACAAAGUGGAUAUUUUAUGGAAAUAGAGACAAAGAGCCACACUUUUAUUACAGGAUACUUGGUCUUAGGGAUGACUGUUAAUGUUUACAAAAAGAAGACAUGUAGUUUCUUUGAAGUUCAUACAAAGUUUAGAAGAAUUAAGGUCUUUGCACACUGAUGUCUAAAAAAUUUUCUGCGUUUUUUGUAUUUGUAUCUGAGAAAUCGAAAGUUAUGUAUCAUAGGUCACAAAAUCAAUUCCUGGAAAGCCGCAGCUCUGUACAGUUUUGCUUUAACCGUAUCAAAUCACAGCUGAUCCAACU